CCUGGAGCCUCGAAGGGUCAAUCUCCUCACUGGCCAUCGCUUCGCGUGCCUUAGAUUGAUCAAGGUAUCAUCUUGGGAGGAGGCGGACAAGGGGAGCUUUUCGCUCUUUCAAUUCGUUCCCGGGCAUUCGAUUCCAAAGUUGUUUUUGGUUUUUUUGGGAUCAAGGCAAGAGAUGGAUUUGAUUAGUGAUAGCGAUGACGGUGAUGGCUUUCAAUGGGAGAGUGAUGAAGAUGAUGGAGAUGCAAUACCGCCUUCCAAUCCACCUCUUCCUCCGGAUUCAGCCGCCGGGACUUCAGGGAAGGUAUCUGAGGCGAGCUCUUCUCGAAGUGAGUUGGUCUCGCAUUUCAUGGCGAUGGGGUUCUCCGAAGAUAUGGUGGUCAAGGCCAUUGAGGAGAAUGGAGAAGGAAAUAGUGAAGCUAUAUUGGAGACGCUGCUUACUCAUGCUGCCAUAGAAAAAUCUCCCGUGAAAAGGGAACAAUCCCCUAUAGAUUGCACCUUCUCAAGUGAUGAAGAUGUUUUGGGGGAUGAUAUUUCAGAUGUGAGCAACUUUGAAUAUUCCAGUGAAGAUGAGGAUUAUACAGAAGGCACCUCUGAUAAGGAUAGAAAAUUGUCUGUAUUAGUAGAGAUGGGGUUCCCUGCUGAUGAAGCAUUUUCAGCCAUUAACAGAUGUGGGCCUAGUGCUUCUGUUUUGGAAAUUGCGGACUCCAUCCACGCUGCUCAAUUGGCAGCUGAUUCUGCUCCCACAGAGGAUGACCUUUUUCCAAAUUGGUCGGAGAACAAGGCAGCAUCAAGCUAUGCAUGUGGUUCCUCUGUCAAAAAUAAAAGGAAGUUAUAUGAAAUGAAGAAGAUGAAACAAAGAGGCAGCUUUCUUGAUCGUAAGAAACCAUGUUUUGGACAAGGUAAUUUGGAUGAAGGUUUUCGGUCAGGGUUGACUAUCCCAAAGCCGAUGAUAGGUUUCAGCCUUCCAAAUCAGAAGAUGAAACCUGCAAAUCGGAUCCUUCCUGAGGCAGCCAUUGGCCCCCCUUACUUCUACUAUGAAAAUGUGGCCCUGGCACCAAAGGGAGUUUGGGAAACUAUUUCACGUUUCCUUUAUGACAUUGAGCCCGAGUUUGUUGAUUCGAAAUUCUUCUGUGCUGCUAACAGAAAGAGGGGAUACAUCCACAACCUUCCAAUUCAGAAUAGAUUUCCUCUUCAACCACUUUCCUCCCGAACAGUGCAGGAAGCAUUGCCCAUGACGAAAAAGUGGUGGCCUUCUUGGGAUCCAAGGACUCAACUAAAUUGCUUGCAGACUUGCAUUGCGAGUGCGAAACUGACAGAGCGGAUAAGAACAGCUCUUGCCAAUUCCGACGACCCACCUCCUGAAAGAGUCCAAAGGUUUGUCAUGAACGAAUGUAAGAAAUGGAACUUGGUUUGGGUCGGGCUACACAAGGUGGCGCCAUUGGAACCAGAUGAGAUGGAAAUGUUAUUGGGUUUUCCCAGGGAUCAUACGAGGGGAGGUGGAAUAAGCAGGACAGAGAGAUACCGGUCCUUGGGCAAUUCAUUCCAAGUUGAUACUGUGGCUUACCAUCUUUCUGUGUUGAAGGACAUGUUCCCGAAUGGUAUCAACCUAUUAUCUUUGUUCUCUGGAAUAGGGGGAGCUGAAGUUGCUUUACAUAGGCUAGGAAUCCAUCUGAGGAAUGUAGUUUCAGUUGAGUUAUCAGAAAUAAACAGGAACAUACUCCGUGGCUGGUGGGAGCAAACCAAUCAGACGGGGACCUUAAUUGAUAUCGCAGACGUUCAGCAGCUCAACGGCGACAGACUUGAGCAAAUGAUAAACAUGUUUGGUGGGUUUGAUCUGGUGAUCGGAGGAAGUCCAUGUAAUAAUCUCGCUGGCAGCAACCGGUACAGCCGUGAUGGACUUGAGGGCAAAGAAUCUGCUCUCUUUUAUGAUUAUUUCCGCAUCUUGGAUCUCGUAAAGAAUAUUAUGGGAAAGAGUUUCUGAAUCUAUUUCUUAGAGUAAAAGGAUUUGUUGUCCCUAUAAAGCAUGGUUUCAAUUUUUUUCAAGAUAAGCAAUCCAGAAGGUUUGAUUGAAGCUCUCGUUCUUGAGCCAGAUAACAUUGUUGUGUUCAAAUGCUUUAUUUCUCUGAAGCAACCUUUCUAACCAGUUCGGCGAAUAUCCGCUUUCUUGCUGAUUUUAGAUCGACAUAAAACUUUAGCUUCACAGAUGCAAAUGUCUGUUAUUUUCGAGCAUCUGAACUACCUUAACUUUAUUGUUUAUUUGGCCACUGUUUGAACAUUCAUAACCAGCAAUGGCUUCUCAAGCAGUGUUCUUUUUUCCUUGCAAGAAUUUGGUCCGGAAAAUUUGUUUGUACUUUAUUCUUGAAAUUGCUAAUUCAAGUGAGAGUUCACCAAGUUAUUUCUA